UCCAAGGCCAGGUUGGUCAAAACCCUAAUCGAGAACACAGCGAUCGCAGCAGAGGAGAGAAGAAAAGGAAGCCAUGGAUUUCCAUAGCAUGCCCAGGCGACAGCUUCAAGCACUAUGCAAGCAGAACCGCGUCCCCGCCAACAUCACCAACGUCGCCAUGGCCGACGCCCUCCAUGCUCUCCAUGUAGCUGGAUCGUUGGAGAACGCCCAAGAAGCGCUUCAGGAUCUGACUCCCCAUGUGCCCUCUUCGCGCAAGGCUGCCUCACGCCGACGACUGCAUGCGGAAUCGAUGACUCUUGAUUCAAUAGAGACCAGGGAGCAACCCGCUAGCCCCCUUCCUCGGGCUCGUCGUGUGACUGUAAAGGCCUCAGAGAUCUGGCGAUUGGGUGUUGAAGGAGAAGAAGAUGAAAUCGAGGAGGAGAAGAAAGAAACCGUCAUUGAGGCCACGCCGUUAACGGUUACGAAGUGCAGCUCCAUGAAGCCGCCAACGAGGAGGCUAAAAAAGGACGUUGAGGCUAAGGAAGAAGAGCCCACGGAUGCAAUGAAAACUCCGGCCUCCCUAACUGGCAGGCGGAUGGCGACUAGGAAGGUGGCUAUAACCCCAGUAGCGGUGGAUCAAGAGGACGGAGACACAGUCGUUUCAGCUAGGGUUACAGCUCGCCGUAAUAAGAUUACGAGGCAGUCUACUAGGGCAGCGACAGAAGAUAGUGCCACGUCCACCGUGAGGAGGAGUGCAAGGAUUAGGGCUAAGACGGGGGAAUCUGCUGUCAAGAUCGGAUCUUCGUUCCUAGAAGUAGAACUGGAACAAGGCAUGGAGAUCAGAAAUGCUCCGAUAGAGGAAGUAAAAAAUGGUGAAAAAGAUUGUGAUUUGGUGGCCGUUGACACUGUUGUUCCACAGCGUUCUCUGGAAGAAGCUGCAAUAACUCCGAAAGAUAAAGAAUUUGCUGCCGUAUCUGUAGGCUCAGAUCAAAAGCAACUGGACAAAGAGGAAGUUGAUAAUCACUGUGAAAAAGAUUGUAAUUUUGUGGCAGUUGGUGCUAAUAUUCUGAUCAAUAAUCUUGAAGAGAAUGGGAAAACACCAGAUGCCGAGUCUACUAUUAUCGAAAAGGAAGUGAUGGAUGUGGCUACAAAAGAAGUUGGUGAAGCUGCUGAAAUGGCUCCAAAAGCGGAGGAAUUUGAUGAUGCGAAAGAGUUGGGAAGUGUGGCACAACAUCAUGAAGAAGUUGAUGAAAUAGCUCCAGAAGUUGAAGGAUUUGCUGAUGAGGAGUUGGGAAGUGUAGUCCAACAUCAUGAAGGUGUUAAAAUCAAAGAUAACUUUGAUGGAAAUGAAGAUGAAGUCUGCAUUGAUAGAGAUCGAAUUGUGGAGAGUGGAGCAAAUGAUGCUAAUGAAGAAGAGGUGAUCCAAGAAACUGAAGCAUCCAUUGGAGAACUAGUGCCUGAGACCGAUUGUGAAUUCAAAGCUUCGCCUGUCCAAGGGAUCAUAAUUUCUUUAGAGAACCUAGUGAUAACGAAAGAUGAUGUAGCUGAACAUACCGAGGAAGAAGAGGAUGAUGAAAUCAAAUGUGCUACAGAUGAAAAGGGCAAGUCUGAAGAGAUUGACCGUGACGAUGAGAUUCCUGGUGUAGCAGUAAAUUCCAUCAUCCAGAAUCAGGUUCCUUCAAUUCCUGAUUCUGACAAUGAGGUAAAAGUAAUCGACUCUGAUUCGCAAGAUGAGGUUUCUGCUAUUCCUGCCGUCAAUGCUGGUCGCGACGAUGAGAUGCUGGAAGAAGUAAAAGAAUCUGAUGAAAUCUCAGCCAAAGUUGAAGAAUCCCCUGCUAAGCCAACAGGUGAAGCCAUUGACACAAUUGAAUUUCAAUUUUCUGUCGCAGACAAAGAGAAUGGCAUUUAUUCUGCUGAGUUGAACACACAAGUGGUGGUAAAUGAUAAUAAGGAGCAAAAUGUGCUAGAAAACUUGAGCCUCAGAAAGCUGAAGAAGGUGUACAAGGAGAAGAUAAUAAGCAAUGUCAGCGAGGUGGAAACAAAGAGACAAGAUGUCAAUCACAACGUUGUCUAAUGAAGGCCAAGCUGUUGAUGAUGAUAGGAGAGCUGAGACAAGUUCAAGAACAACGUUUUUGUCUUUUAUCUUUUUAUUUUGCUAAGAAACCGUGGUUCCUUCAGCACUUAAAUUUUUUAUCAUUUGGAAGUGCAAUUUUUGUGUGCUUCUUUUCUUUUGUCUUGAUUGAAAGAAGUGCUAAAUGACGAAGCACUCAAUCUCUGUUAUUGAGAAAUGAUAUUGGUGUAGUUGUUCUUCGCCUUGGUUACCAUAGAGCUAUUCAAAACAAUAUAAACUUCCUA